UGCUGCUCUGCUUUACUGCUUUUCCUGCUGCUGGCGCUGCUGGCACUCAUUUCAUUUGAUUUUUAACUGUCAUCGGCGCCAGUUCAGACCGUUAGCAACGCGUUCAAAUUUCCCGUGCUUAUAUUGUUUAAAUAUUAUUUGUUGUUUUUUUAAGUGAACACUAAAUUAGUUAAGCAACUUGAAAAGCAUAGCAGGAGCCGCCAUGAAGGACAGCAACAACAGCAGCAGCAGCAGCAACAUCUCGUCGAGCAACGCAGCAGGGAUGCCUUGUUCCGCCGGAGGAGCAGUGACAACAGCAGGCGCAACCACCGGCAGUGCCACGCCCAGUGCGCCCAGUACGCCCACAACAGCAGCAGCGGCAGCAGCAGCAGCCAGUGCUGCAGACCCAUCAGCAACGGCGCAAAAUCCGCAGCAACGCAGCAAGAGCAACAUCCAUGAGCUGAGGAAUCAGGACUACGUCAGUCGCCUAAUGGCCGCCACUCCGCCGUAUUUGUAUUCCGCCCCGGUGGGCCCAAAUAAUUUCUUCUUCAGCGACAUGCUGCGCUCCCUGGUGCAGGCGCGCAACAACGAGACGGCGCGGGUGUUGCAGCUGCAGCAGCAACAGCAGCAGCAGCAGGCACAGCAGCAGCAGGCACAGCAGCAGCAACACCAGCAGCAGCAACAUCAGGCUGCCCUGGUGAGGCGUCCAAGGAAACGCUCCUGGUCACAUCGUCCCUACUACGAGCAGUUGCGGGAGCGACGCGAUGCAGAGGAGAAGCAACAGCAGCAGCAGCAACAUCUUCACCAGCAACAGCAGCAGCAACAUCACCAGCAGCAGCAGCAACUGCAGCAGCAAAUGGCGCCGGAGAAGCCACUAGAGCUGACCAAUAAAGCCAUCGCGCCCUAUGGCUAUGCCAAACUGGAGGCCAAGCCACCGAUUACAGCCGCCACGGUGACGGCAGCAGCACCACCGAGCGGCACCGCUGGCAACAAGGCUGGCCUGGGCGGUGCGGUGGAUAGCAACCUGCAGGAGAACACGCCGCCGGCGGCUUCGUUGCCGCCGCAGGACUUGGUCCUGCCACCGCCGCCACCCGUCUGGUAUCCACCGCUCUACGCGCCCUACGGCAUCGAUCCGCUGCACUUCUUCAUCGAUCUGCGGGUGUCGGGGCACAUAUACGACCGCAAGAAGGAGAAUGUCUCGCCGCUGUCGAGCAGCAACAAUGCCCUUGCCGAGGAGGGUUCGCCGGGCUCCGGAUCAGGCGCCAGUGGCUCCGGCACGGGCUUGGCCAGCAAUUUGCUGAGCAAGCAGCGACACGGUUCCGCUUUCACCGUGCCCAUUCCCAAGGCAGCGCAAAACGAUGCCAUCAAUCUGUGCUCCAAUGCUGCUGCUGCUGCUGCUGCUGCCGGUGGGGCAACUUCGGUGGCAGGUGGCGGCGGUGGUGCUGGAAUGGCCAGCGGCACCGCCUUGGGCAGCAAGUUCGAGCACUAUGCCAAGUACUAUGACCUGGGCGAGACGAAGGAGAAUCACCCGUCGAGCACGGCUGCCAAUCUGUCGGCGGCCGCUGCUGCCGCCGCUGCAGCUGCGAACCUAUCGAAGUCGGGAGCCAGCUAUAUGCUGCAACAUCUGCCGCGCCUCUACAGCCAGUUUGCCGCCCACCAAGCGCAGGUCCAGAGCCAGGAGACGGAUGCUAAGUCGGAGUCGGCCUCGGUGAGUGCCUCGCUUUCGGCGCCCGAGCUCUGCGAUGAGGACUCGCUGGGACGGAACUCCAGUGACACUGGCACUGGGCUGGAGGGAACGAGCGGUGGCCAGGGCAACUGUGACAUCGACGUGGAGAUCAUCGACUCCAUCAAAUAUCGCACGGAUGGGGAGAGCAGCCGCUGUUCCAGCAACGACGAGGCCUCCAUCACACAAAUCGAUUGAGGCUAAUGAUAACUUAAAUAUUUGAUGAAUAAAGUGUGUCCACGAUUAA